AUGGCUGCUCACGGCGACCUCCAAGAGCUGCUGCGCAUGUUCACCUCGCGAAAGGUGUCCAUGAUGGGAGCCAUGGGCCAUAUUAAAGCUCUCCAGGCGGUUAAACUGAAAACCAUCGACCAGAUUGCCGCCGCGCCGCUAAGCGACAUUGCGGAUGCCCUCAAGGAUGACAAACUCGCCAAGAGCUUCCAUAGCGCUUGCAAAUCUCAUGGAAAGGCCGGGAAAAAGCGAUCAGCAGACGAGCCCGAGUCACCGUCGCCGAAGAAGCAGAAAUACCAAGUCAGCAAGUUCAACUUGGACUACAGCGCCCUGACGCCGGACGAGUUGGAAGACACCCUUACGCUGCCGCUGGAGAAAGAUGAGACCCUCCUACGAUCGACAACCAUUAUCACAAAUAGAGCGCCGCUAGUCUUGGCCUUUUCGGCCGAGCUUCUUCGCAUAACGAUGCCGGAACAACCACCGAGUAGCAGAUUGAGCCUGUCGCAAGCCGUGGUGAGCGCCAACUCGAAAACCAAGGCAAUUAGUCUGGGUAUCGAGGCUCCUGGAACCGAAAUACCACUUUCAGAUGGCCAACCAAAGGUUCGUGUUAUGGGCCGCGAGAUCCCAGUCUUGAAACGAGCGGGAUAUACUUGGUCAGGGUCAAAGUCACCUCAACGGGUGACCUCUCCGACGUCGCCGCGGCCGCAAAACACUUGGUCUGCAAGCCAACCCAUUACGUUAAAGGCAUCUACGUUUGUGGCGCAUGCCAUCAAAGUGGAUUCUGCUGCGCAGCGUGCGAGUCUCAUCAAGGGUCUCAUGGGCGAGAAGCCAGAUUUGAUGACAGCAGACCACAAUGCGUGGGCAGUGAGAACCAGCUUUGGUGGCUCGCCGCUAGUACAGGAGGCAUCGUUCGAUGACGGUGAAUCUGGAUGUGGCAAGUUUCUGCUUGAUCUAAUGCGCACUCUGGACACGACGAAUACACUCAUUGUACUUACCAGAUGGUACGGCGGCAUCAUGCUGGGCCCUGACCGAUGGCGCCUGAUGCGCGAGUGCGCGAACGACGCACUGGCGUCUAUGCUUCGAACAUCGACUCUUGGAGGAGAACCUGUAUGGGGAUUAGACACGGAGGAUAAUAAGCCAGUGGUGUCAACUGUAGGAAUGGCCAUUCAUAGGCCGGAAGGAGCCCGCAACUAUCUGCUUCGCUCGUUUUCAUCAGCCCCAGUGGACGGCGUUGAGCCUAAGAAGACAGUCGCUGCCGUGCAUGAAGAAAAGCUGGAGAACCUCGCGAAGCUGCUCGGAGCGUUGCGGCUGUUGUUUGAAAGCUGGCAAGGCGUUUUGACAAAGACGGAGCUGGAUAGAAGAGCGUGGAGCUGGUACGUUGCCGUGCGUCCAGAUGUCGAAUCAGGACCGUCAGGCUGGGGAGCCAAAGGACCAUUACCGUUGGCUAAGAUAUUGGAUUUGAGACGCACAGAAGCUGAGCCGUAG